CCCUGUCCUUCGGUGCUGCAUAAGAAAACUGAUACCUUGCCAAGACUGCAACCUUGAGCUGAAAGUCCAAUCGAACGGUCAAAAAAGCGUUCCAGUUCUGAUAUUUCCUUUGAUCUUUUCAACUAGUAUCUUGUGGAAGCCACCCCCAUAAUCCCCCAAAAAAACAGGAAAAAAAAAAUCUACCUUUCCUUCCUCCUCUUUCAGGGCAUGAAGGGAACCACAACACAUGUCUCUUUAUAUUGAAAUCUAGAGUUUCUUUUAGCAAAUUGCUAUAAUUCCUUCUUCAAACAUGUCUAAGAUCUUACACAGCCUACCAUCUCUCAGAUUUCUGUCUCCAAACUCAAUACCACGUGACCCAUCACGUGACUUGUCAGUAUUAAGCAGUCCCAUUUCAUGUCCAAAUCCCGCAAUUUCGAUUUUCAAGAAACUUUCUUCCCCGGGAAAAUUUGAUUUGCCGGGGAAAAAUAGAAUCUUUCGUGCUUGGAGCCAAGAGGGUUCUUUGCAAGAAGUGAAUGAUUCUCCUGUUUCGUUUGAGUUGGAGCCCAUUUACAGUGAGAGUCAGUUUGAUCGCGUGAUAGCAGAGGCACAGCAACUUGAGGAAUCUGUUAUCGUUGUUUGGAUGGCAAGCUGGUGCAGAAAAUGGAUAUAUUUGAAACCAAAAUUGGAAAAGUUGGCAACUGAUUACGAUAGAAGAUUGCGGUUUUACCGUGUCGACGUCAAUAAUGUUCCACACAAACUUGUUACUCGUGCAGGAGUCACUAAAAUGCCAACCAUUCAGCUAUGGAAGGAUAGCAAGAAACAGGCAGAGGUGAUUGGUGGUCACAAAGCAUAUUUGGUCAUUAAUGAAGUUCGUGAAAUGAUUGAAAAUGAGGAUACCUUGUGAAUUAUGGUAUUGCUCGCCAUUCUUUUUUCCUGAUCGGUAUCUCUUUAUUUCUGCUCUUUUUUUUUGCUCUGUAAAAAAACAUUACAAAGAGAAGAAGACUGUCUUUUUUUUUUAAUGAU